AUGGCAGGAAAUUAUGACUAGGGAAUUGUGUGUGUGACAGGUGGAACAGGCUACUUGGCUUCAUGGCUAAUCAUGAAGCUUCUUCAACAUGGUUACUCUGUUCAGACCACCAUCAGAUCUCACCCAGGUAUGCAUUGCUUCUCAUGAAUACCAAUUGAUGUUACAGACAAACUUGUAAAUCAGUUUUUAUUCAUAUUUGUGGUCAAAAAAUUUAAGCAAAUAAUUUCAAUAAAGAAAUAUGAGGUUUAUCUUCUUCUUCUAUUUUUUUUUCUUUUUUUUCCCCGGCAAAUAAGAAUUAUGUAGUUAAUGUAAACGGUAAAGAGUUGAUGUUGUUAAAAAUGGUUUUCUGUGAAGUGGGAUAAAGAAAAGAUGGGUUCCGAGUUGAUGUUGUUAAGAAUGGUUUUCUGUGAAGUGCGAUAAAGAAAAGAUGGGUUCCUUACAUUAAGAUAGAACAUAUAAGUUAUUCUUACAUAUUGGAUUCACCGAAUUUUCUGAAGUUGAAGUAUUUGUUAUUUUUGACUGGCAUCUCUUUCUCUUAUACACACAGAAAUAUGCAUACAUUAGGCUAUGUGAAGAGAGAUAGUGUGAACCACUUAUUCUAAUAAAAAAAAAGGAAGGAUAAUAAUCAUGUUUGGAGAAAGAAAUGAAAUGAAACUAUUUUAAUGAAUUUACCACCAUAACUUAUUUUCAUAAUUUUUUUUUAAAAAAAAUAAGGGCAAAUUUGUCAUCAACAAAGUUUAAUAAAAAAUGCUAGCAUUUCCUUACAGUUUUGGAAGAAUAACAUAAGCAACUCAUUAAGCUUAAAUGUAUCCCUCCAAAAUUUUCCAUUUCCUUUCUUUUCCUGCAAAAACUUUAUACAAAACACACAAAAUUAUAUCCCUAAAUUAAUGUUCAAAACCAUUGUCAUUCCCUCUCAAAGAAAUGGACAAACCUUAGAAUUUUCAAAUAACUAAACCAAACAAGCCUAGAAUUUUCUAGUCUUCAGUUCCACUUUUUUCUCCCACAAAAACAAUGUCAAAUCCAACUUUGUGUUGUAGUUACAUACUUUUAUUCACACUAAUCAUCUGUCAAGUGCAAAGCGAAAAAAAUGUAACAUUUUAUGGCAUAUCAACUAGAUAACAAGAGAGAUGUCAGCUUCCUUACCAGCCUACCAGGCGCAUCGGAAAAGCUCCAAAUCUUCCAUGCUGACCUUGAACAGCCAGAUAGCUUUCAUGCAGCCAUUGAAGGAUGCAUCGGAGUGUUUCAUGUGGCUCAUCCCAUUGAUUUCGAAGGCAAACAACCUCAACAAGAGACGACCAGAAGAUCAAUCAAUGGGACUCUAGGCACUUUAAAGGCUUGCCUUGAUUCCAAGACAGUGAAAAGAGUGGUGUUACUGGUGUACACUUCCAGUACAUCAACUGUGGUGUUCAAUGACAAAGGUUUAAAAGAAAUGAAUGAGGGUACAUGGAGUGACACGGACUUUAUCAGAGAACUUAAGCCUUAUGCAGCUUCAUACAUGAUUUCCAAGACAUUAACAGAACAGGCAGCUCUAAAGUUUACAGAAGAACAUGGAUUGGAUCUUGUGACAGUAAUUCCUUCUUUUAUUGUUGGCCCCUUCAUUUGUCCUUGUUGCCCCAAUUCAAUCUCCAUGUCAUUGGCUAUGAUUUUUGGUUACAAGGAUCUAUAUGAACUUCUUGCUAGUACACCAUUGGUGCACGUUGAUGAUGUGGCAUGUGCACACAUCUUCCUUCUUCAAAAUCCUGAAGCAAAAGGAAGGUACAUAUGCUCAGCAGCAGAAUUAACAAUUUAUGACAUGUCUGAAUAUUUGUCAGCCAAAUACCCAGAAUAUCAAAUACCAAAGGCUGAGUGAGUUCUAAUUC